UGAAAUUCCUACAGCGCGCUUUAACAGAAGCAGAGCAUUACAACAAAGUGGGUGAGCAGUUCAAAGCUUCUUAGCUGCACAGAAAGACACACGGCAGCAAGGCAUCUUGAAAAUGCCAUCUAAUUUUCUUACUCCCUUCUUGGAGUUGGAUGAUGAAUUUUGCAAGAGUUUCCGCAGUAUCGAUCUGACAGAUGGCGCACAGAAGCAGCGUGUGGUGGGAUUCCAGCGCAGACAUUCCUUAUGCCCCGUCACGCUGCCCAACUCCAAAUUCAACAGCAACGAUAGCAGCCCGUGGCCUCUGGCAGGCAUUAGCCAGCCUUGGAGCCGCGAGCAGACGCAACAGUUGCCUCGCUCUUCUCUGAACCACAUCCCCUUCAGAGUAGACAGGUCUGUUAGCAUGAUCGAGGGACACGUGAACAGUCUGGGAGUCUGUGAGUCUAAUGCACUCCCCUCUCUCCCUCCACCACCUGGUCUCAGCAUCAGCAACAGUUCUCUGGCCUCCCCGAAAGUUCUCAGCGCUACCACCGCGCCCAUAUCCACCCGCUACAAGACGGAGCUCUGUCGCACUUAUGAGGAGAGCGGCACCUGUAAGUACGGGGCCAAAUGUCAGUUCGCACAUGGGAUGGAGGAGCUGAGAGGCCUCAACCGGCACCCAAAGUACAAAACCGAGCCUUGUCGCACUUUCCACACCAUUGGUUUUUGCCCGUAUGGUGCUCGCUGUCAUUUCAUACACAACGCGGACGAGCUGCAUGGACUCUCCGAGAAAAGCAGCAGGGAGCGACCUCCGCUGCUCCGGCAGAGCGUCAGCUUCAGCGGCUUCUCCUCCCAACCGCACGCCCUGACCGGAUUCCACGCUGUUCCGGACGCCCUCGCCUUCUCCAGGUCAUCUUCGGUGUCCCCGCCACCUUCAACAGGUAGUCCUGACCUACUGUCUCCUCUGUUCCCAGAGCCCGGUACUCUGAAGCAUAGUUACCCCUUCGCGAAUCUGGGUAAUAAUGACACACCGCGUUUUUACGCCAUCAGUGACUCAAAGGAAGGCAACUCAAACCAGGCCUACACGCUGACUGGCCUGACGGCUCUGCAGCGCAGCGCAUCCGCAGACUCUCUCUCUGACCAGGAGGGCUACACCAGCUCCAGCAGCCUAAGUGGCUGCGACUCCCCCGGCAUUGAGGGCAGGCGUCUGCCCAUCUUCAGCCGCCUGUCUGUCUCAGACGAUUAGAAUAACAUUACCUGUGCAUAUUGCAUUCUCACUCGAGCAGAUGUUUCUCUGCUUUGAUUUGUAAAGUUUUCGGCAUAUUCCUUUUUGUAUGAUAUUUCAAGAAAGAAAGAAAGAAAACAUUGGCAUUGUAUACUGUUGUAUACCAGUUUAAAGCUGCAGUGGGUAGAUUUAUGUAUGGGAUAGGUCUCAAAAUAUUCACUUUUUAAAUUGUUAUAAGAGUCAAAUCUGUAAGAUGAACCUAUUGCACAGAUGUUCCCUCCUCUGGCCCAUUCCCUUGCACCCAUCUGUAGUCUAACCAAAGCUGAGCAUCUUGGAGUAUAUACAUAUAGUGUAAUAUCUAACCCGCUCUCUGAACAUACUGUAAGCAAUAUGUAGACUUUAGUUGAGGCUUUUUUAUUUUUUAUUUUAUUUUUUUAUUGACAGUAUUAUCAAGUAUUUUUAACCAUAGUUCUUUCUAAAAACCUAUUUAUUGCCUUUUUAUAAUGUGCAGUGAUUUGUGUUCUUUUGUUGAGUUUUAUAUGCAUUUUGAAGAAGGAACCGCUUUUGUAGAUACGCUUUUUUUGUUUCUUUGAGCCCAUAUGUCUGCUUUGCACGAGCUAGUUCUUAGCUUUAUUGAAGACCAGCUGCACAGAGUCUACAUGUUGGAAUCUCAGGAUUGUUUUUGAAAUCGUAUUGAGACACUCCACUGUCUUGUAUCAGUCUCACAGCCUUUAAUAGUAAGAAUAGUCAGAGAUAUCUACAAGUAAUAGUCAAAGAUAUUCAUAUGCAAACAAAUGUGAAUGUGAAAAGUGGCCGAGUGACAAUGUACCAGGAAGUGAAGUUAUUCCGUGGUCUUCAUCUGGUGCACUCUUUGUUUUUAUAUAAGAGAAGAAACUUGCCAUUUGCAAUGUGUACAUUUCUCCAUCAAUUUGUGUUCGACGGAGAUCUCAAACAUAGUUCAUGACUUGCAAAAAUGAACUGGGAGUUCUUAUGUAUGUAAGUUGUAUUUUAUGGUAAUUUUCCUCUUUUUGCCUUGUGACCCAAGACACGCUUUUGCCUUUUGUUAACUUAAACGUAUUUAUUUUGUUUUGUUUUUUCGAAGUGGGGAAAAAACAGUAUAUUGUGUUGUGCUUUCGUUUCAUGUUUGUUGAUAUAUAAUUUAAAUGAUCUGUUUACAUUCCAUGGGAUGGUAAUGCCCAUUUUCAUUAUAAUAUAUUGUUUUAAAAUAAACUUACAAGGGAAUAAAAAUUA